CACCGCGGCCCGGUCAGACACGUGACCAAUCCACCUGUACCUGACCUGUUUGUGUGGCUGGUUCUUCAAACUCAUCGCUCAAGGAUAUUAGCAAAUCUUCCUUAUUUACACAGCGUUUUGUCUCUACGAAAUUAGAUGUAUUUGAUUUUUUAAUUCUUCUUGAAGUUUUACCCGUUUUUGCGUUAGUUUUCCGUGUGUUUUGUGACUUUUUAUUACACUGUUGUGGACUUCGCUCUCUCGACAGAUACCCAUCAAACAAGGAAGUGUACAACGGAUGCGCUUACAUGGCGACAUCUUUGGGGCAUUUGUAAAUGGCUUUGGAUGCUUGUAUUUUUCUUCUGGAUGUUGAUCCUCUCAAGUUGGCUUAUACACGGGUUGUUUGUGAAGACUUCCUCGUUAACUGGAUAAAGCCGAUUCCUCCCCCCUCCCUCUCCUUCUCCUAUUCCCUUUUUUACGGACAAGAUGAAUAGUUCUUUUGAAGCGGUGACUCCUACAGGUGGAAAUGAUUCUUAUGUUCACCUGGACGAACCGAUUAUCCCAGACACGUCCUCGGGCAAGUCCAAUGCGACUAUUAUCCAAACGCCGAAUGGGACCCUCAUCGAGGACGACCAGAUGUUCCUGAACACGGUGGCAGCUCAGGCGCUCUCCGGCCUCUUCGUCUGGACAGCCCUGCUCAUAACAUGUCACCAGAUCUACACACAUCUUCGAUCGUACACUGUCCCUAACGAGCAGCGCUACAUCAUCCGUAUCCUGUUUAUUGUGCCAGUCUAUGCCUUUGACUCCUGGCUCAGCCUCCUCUUCAUCAGCAAUGACCAGUACUAUGUCUACUUCGACUCUGUGCGGGACUGCUAUGAAGCCUUCGUCAUUUACAAUUUCCUGAGCCUGUCCUUUGAGUAUCUGGGAGGAGAGAGUGCGAUCAUGUCAGAGAUACGAGGGAAGCCUAUACAGUCGAGUUGUCUGUACGGGACAUGCUGCCUGAGUGGAAUGAGUUAUUCCAUUGGCUUUUUACGAUUCUGUAAACAGGCCACUCUACAAUUCUGUGUCGUCAAACCUAUCAUGGCCGUCAUCACCAUUGUCCUGCAGGCGUUUGGCAAAUACCAUGACGGAGAUUUUAAUGUUAAUGGAGGGUACCUGUACAUCACAAUCAUUUACAACUUCUCCGUGAGUCUGUCCCUGUACGCGCUGUUCCUCUUCUUCUUUGCUACAAGUGACCUGCUGCGGCCGUAUGAACCAGUGCUCAAGUUUCUCACAAUCAAAUCUGUCAUUUUCCUCUCCUUCUGGCAAGGCAUGGUGCUGGCCAUCUUGGAGCGCUGUAAUGUUAUCCCUAAUGCCCUCUUCAUCGACGGGCAUGAGGUGGGCGCGGGGACAGUGGCCGCGGGCUGGCAGAACUUUAUCAUCUGCAUCGAAAUGUUCUUUGCUGCCAUUGCCCUACGUUACGCCUUUACAUGCACCGUCUACCAGGAGAAGAAGAACGACGUGCCAGGUGAGAGGGCUUCAUCAGGGCAGUGAACUUAGCUUUACCUC